GUUUCUAGAUUUGCAAUGCUUAAAUAAAUACAGAUUUCGAAACAAACAUGGGUUGGCAUAUUGUGCAAAAGUUGGUGGAAGGAGUAGGAUCUCAUUCAACUCAGAUUGGAAAAUAUUGGAUUACUUCUUUCUUCGUGUUGAGGUUCUUGAUCGCUAUUGCAUAUUGCAGAGGCGACAUGGAGUGGGGAUCAAGGCGGGAUGGUUUGCAAUACUUUGUCUCCUGGUUGUAAGAACGUUUGUUUCAACGAAUUUAGUCCAAUUUCUCCUAUCCGUUACUGGUUUUUUCAAAUUCUUGCCGUGUCGUUGGCGUCGAUAAUAUUCAGUAUUUACACAACCCACAAGUUAGCGCUGGUCACAAGAGCUAUUCGGCAAAAGAAAAGAUGGAUCGCCAAGGAAAAGCUAAAAGCUAUUGAACUAAAAGAGCAACGUAGGAGUGCAAAAGAAGGGGACGAAACAAAAAAGGUUGUUGAAAAGAAAGCAGAACCCAAAGAGGAGAAAAAAGAUGACAAAGACGAAGAAGUUGUUGCCACGAAACUACAAACAGAUCAUCCGCCUAAACUCUUCUUAGCAUAUUUCUUUAUGGUUUUUAUGAGAUUGGUAAUCGAAGUUGGAUUCAUGGUUGGCCAAUACUUUCUCUAUACUUACAAGUUCGUUGUACCUGAGUUGUGGCAAUGUAGUCACUGGCCUUGUCCCAAUGUGGUCGAUUGCUUCGUUUCAAGGCCGAAGGAGAAGACAAUUAUGAUCUGCACGUUCUACGUCACUGGUUGCAUCAUGGUCGUUCUCAAUGUGAUCGAGUUAUAUCACAUCGGUGGCAACGUUGGUAAAGCUUGGAGCAAUAGAAGUAAUGAUAUUACGAAAGAAGUGUUUGGGGAAAGUGCCGGCCCUAACUUUGAGGCCCCCGGUGGCAUGAGACAUUGGGUGCCGGGGGCAGAGGGUAUGUACCAACAAUAUCCGAGUGGUUACCCCGCUGCUGUAGGGAUACCUACACUCUAUACAAGCUACGGUAGAUCUCGACGUAAAGGUAGAAAAUCAGGCUUACCAAAGAACCGAUUUGGCGGGGACGAAUACUAUUACUGAACACUCGAGACAAAACAAUUUUGCUUCAGUUAAUUUCGGCAUAAUUUUUGCUUUGCUUUAGAUUGAAGUGAUAUAACCAUUUAGUAUAGUCUACAUUGUUGUACCAAUUCAAGUGUUUUGUUUUCUAACAAGGGUACUAAUAAUAAAAGUACGAUAUAGUAGGUUGGGGUAAAAUGUUUUCAUUUUCGUUUAUUCACCCUUUUAUUUGUA